GGGGGAAUAGAGCAUGGCAACUGUGAGAUGAAUGGCGGUGUUCCACUCCCUCAAUUGGAACUAGGUUUAGAUGUGUGCGCCACGGGUAUCGUUGUUGUCUAUCAACUCAAUCAUGACUCUAAUAAACUAGACAUCGCUGACCCAAUCCUUGGAUGCCUUUAGGUUUUGACCUAAAACCUAGCUGCUGACUCUCGGACAUUACUUCUUUCAUUAAUGGAUUAUAUUUGUACAUUGAAGAGAUCAUGCCUGUGCUGACUUGCAGAGCUGAGCAGUAGAUUAUCAUCUUCAGUCCUACAAUAGCGCCCAUAUCUCUUAUAGUGAAAAGCUGCUCCACGCACUGACACGAGUUGGCCAUGGUCCUGAAGUCUAGCCUAGAGAUCUGCUAGCCUCCGUUGGAUACCAUGCUAGACCCGUGCCCAGGGGGAGACCAGUGGUAACGCCAGGAUGACAGUCAGGGGCCGUAGACAAAAGGCCCCACCUUCUGUCCUGGUCUACGCCUCUUUGGUGUUGUGUUCAGUGUUGGCGGUGCCGGUGCCGGAGGUCAACGUGACCCAGUCGCAGGGCUUGGACUAUUUGGUUCAGUUCGGCUAUCUGGAGCCACAAGAUCCUAAGACUGGCGCCUUGAGGUCGGAGCAGUCGUUCACUCAGGCCUUAAAGACUUUUCAAAAAAUGGCGGGAAUACCACAGACUGGUCAACUGGACAACAUGACGCAAGCUAUGAUGAAGCUUCCAAGGUGUGGCAACAAAGAUAACAUCGAGCUCGGAAUGGGCGCCAGAAAAAAGAGAUACGCCUUGCAAGGAAGUAAGUGGGCCAAACACAACCUCACCUUCAAAAUCUCGGAGUACCCGAGAGGCUUGUCACGUGACAGAGCGGAGAAGGAAGUUUAUGAAGCCUUAAAGGUCUGGGGAAAUGUUACACCACUAAAUUUUAUCUUGAGACCCUUUGACGAGAAAGUUGAUAUUGACAUCAAGUUUGCCAGGCGUCAACACGGCGACGGGAACCCAUUUGACGGGCGUGGUCAGACGCUGGCCCAUGCGUUCUUCCCCCAGUACGGCGGAGACGCCCACUUUGAUGACGACGAAGAGUGGACCAUCAACCUGUCUUCCGGUAUCAACAUGUUCCAAGUGGCAGCCCAUGAGUUCGGUCACUCUUUGGGCUUGUCCCACAGUGACGUCAGUACGUCCCUUAUGGCGCCUUUCUACCGCGGCUACCAGCGUCACUUUCAGCUGGACCAUGAUGACAUUACCGCCAUUCAAGAAUUGUACGGUCAAAGACGAAUUAAAAACAAUGACGUCAACAAGAUAAUUCCUAAACAGACCAGCACCGUUACUACCAGGGUACCCAAAAUUUGUAAUGACCCUAAGAUCGACGCGGUUACCAUGACAUCAGAUGGCCACACAUAUAUCUUCAAAGGUAAACAAUAUUAUCGCUUAAGCAGUUACGGAAUAGCCGAUGGCUAUCCGAGGGACAUUGCCCAGGACUGGAAAGGCGUGGAAGGUCCGAUAGACAGCGCCCUGCACUGGGACAAUGGAUAUACUUAUAUUUUUAAGGGAGACUACUACUGGAAAUUUUAUAACUUCAAUUUGAUUUACGUACGAAGUAUAGAGGAAGGUUUUAAAGGUCUGCCCGGCAACAUCGACGCCGCCUUCGUCUGGGGAGGUAACGGAAAGACGUAUUUUAUCAAAGGCAACCAAUAUUGGCGGUACACGUUGAAUCACGUCGAUCCUGGCUACCCUAAGCCCAUGUCAGUGUGGACUGGUCUGCCUUCACACAUUGAUGCCGCCCUCAAGUGGAAGAAUGGGCGUACUUACUUUUACAGCGGAGACAUGUACUACCGCUAUAACGAUGUGGAGUUCAACAUUGAUAAAUCGUAUCCUCGUCCUAUCGGCGAGUGGUGGUUCGGAUGCCCGGACAAGGAGCAAAUGAAACAGCUGAUUGGAGACACCACUACAGUCACAAUCCGGCAGGGAGACAACGCUUCCGUUUCAGCAGACGUGCCGUCGUCCCACAAUGUGGCCAGGGAGAAGUGGACUUCUGCAAACGGCGGGCGAACAAUUCAUUUGUACUCUAGUCAUUCGAAUGUUUUUAUAUUCUGUUACAUGAACAAUUUGUUAUUUUCAAUGCUCUUUAUUUCUCUUGUUAAUGCUAAAAUAUUAAAUCUAAUUAGUUGAUAUUAGCCAAACGAGAAAUGGAAUGGUGCCACUGUAGUCAAGCUUAUCUCUGUAUCUUAUGCUGCUAUACUUUUAAAAAAAGGGUGAAGGUAGAGUACUCUUAUUGUCAUGAAGCCAUUAAAUCUCAUUCAUCCAACUGCUGCCCAUAUAAAGCACAACUUCUGUGAUCUAAAUGAUGAGGCAAGUGGGCCUAUAAGUCAUUUGGUGUGAUACCUCAGAGUCAGCUUCUAGAGGCUAAUAUUAAAAGAAAAAAAGAAUUCUAAGUAUAUGCAAAUUUGUACAACCUAUACAAUUGUAACAAUGAUUGUUUGUGAGAAUCUAUGACAGGGUCAUUAUCUCACAUUGGACAGUCACUGACUGAACUUUAAAUUAUAGAGAUAUGCCUAUACAAGAUUCCUACUCUCCGUUCCCUCAAAAUGUUUUAAAAGUAUCUUGUUUGGCAAAAUCAUAUAACAUAAUAUGCAACAUUCUUCUCACUAGAAAUGUAUCAAUUGACUUUCCAUACAAAUAUUUGUUUUUCGGUCACGGAAUGAUCGGUAGAGUAUAUGUAUUAUAUAGUGCGAAAUGUGUGAGGAAUGCAAAUACGAAUGAAUAAUGUUCAUGAUUCUUAACAAAGAGAUGCAGACUUAAGUUCUGCUACUUUAAUCUCUGCUUCAUCUGGUUAGAACUUGUUUGUUUCGUUGUCUUUUGGUUCUCUUUGUGUGCGCGCAUGUUUCUUUUUCAUCGUAUGAGCUGUACGGUUGAAAGCUUUCCAAUCUCACAAAGAGUUGGAGCUCCUAAUUUGUGAUGGCAACAAAGUGAAAUGACCAAAGCGUUAUAGUUGAAAUAAUCGACCCAGACUGGGAAAGAAAAUCGCAACGACGCGGAUGUUUACGCGUGAACAUUCGCUUUUAAAAAAAAAAUCGUAAUUCUCAUUUGAUAAGUCGCUAAUUUGUGUGGUCUUAAGGUUUGGUAUUCUAAGGCUUUAACGUCUUAAAAGUAGAAAUCGCUUCGAAACGUGACAAUCCGUGGGGCAGAUGUGAAAUUAGUUCUACGACCUUGACUUUGCCAACUCAAUUUCCGACGCCUACUUACUGAUGUCGCGAGUACCUCUUUGAAAUCCCGAAUCAAGCCUACAAUUAUCAGUUCUCAUUAAGAUUUGAACUCGACACGCUGUCUUGCAGAUCGUUCAUUAUCUUCCCACCAAGUCCAAACCACAGAAGCUUUGAUUUCUCUUCCAAUUAAUACUUUGGAUUCUACUGCCUUUCCAAUUGCCAGUUAAGCUCUAGUUUGUGUGCUUAUUUCUCAUAUGUUAUCAAAGCAUUUACUUGCGUAUGUCUUGAAAACAACACAAGCUCAAUCUAAAUGACUCUGCCAGGAUUCAGACAAUCUCACAAGUACAAUGACUGAUUCAGUUUAACGUACUACAAAUAAUGUUUCUCAUAAUACUAUUUACAAGUACUUCCAAUUUUGAUCUGGCCAAAGACAAUUAGUUAAAAUAAAUAUAUUGCCGCACGUGGGAUACGGCGUUGAGUGGCUCUGCUUAGAGAGUUGUAGGCCUAGUUCAAAUCCCGAUGUGGGCUAGUACUCGACCUGAACUAAAGGCAGCGCAGAAACAUUCCUAGAAAAACUCUCCCCUCACAGGCCCGCAAAAGAUAAUAGACCAGAGCACUCUGAGCAUGCUAUACAUAACAUAAAUAUAUGGACUCACAAAGUAAAGGUUCUUGAAGAGAGAGAGAGAGAGAAAGAAAAGAUGGAGCAAAUCUUACUGAGCAAAUCAAAGAGCUUUUCAAUUCACGAACUUCUAUUAGUUAGGAACCAAAUCUAUAAUACUGGCUGGAAUUACCAGGUCCACAGCUUGUGCCUUGCUAAGCCCAAGACAGUCUGGAAAGACAAAGGCUCUAGAAAUCAGAAUGAUGCAAUCCUUUGUCAUGGCGACAUUCUUUUAGGCUUGCGAAUCUUGGACAUUUACUGCUGAAUCGCAUCACAAACAGGAUGACAAUUGAGCCCCAUGAUGAGAUGUUGACAAGAGUAAGACCAAACUAACUUAAACUGUUUGGACAUAUCACGAGGUCUUUAAGGUUCACAUAGACAUUCCUGCGGGGAACAGUACCAGGGAAAAGGAGGAGGCAGGCUGAUAAAGCGAUGGGAAGACAACAAAUCUAAGAAUGGACGGACCUGUUAUCGAAAGAAAUGCUAACCAAGACGAAAAGACAGCGAGGAAUUGAGAAAAACAGUCAACGGAUCUUGUGUGAUGCCCUAACGCUCCAAUAAACUAAGGUAUAUUUAAAGUGAAGAUGUGAAAGAACAAACUAUAGGCAAGUGCUGUUUGGUUUUAUCUUGCUGACCUAAAAGUCAAAGAGUACCAGGCAGUGUAAAAUGUUGUUUGUUUGUUUUUUAAAGAGAAAUCUAUGUUCGAGAUUUUCAUAAAAUAGAAAGAAAUACAUGAAAAGCAUUCUUUCAUAUGGAAAUCUGGCGUAUACUAUAGGAAAGUAUUGAUAAACUUUUUUUUAAAUCGUAUAAUAGUUUUUUGUGCAUUAAUUUUUAGCACUGUAGAAUUAAAGAAUAAAUCUUAAGCAAAGAUCCCACUGUGAAUGAUCAUUCGUGCGUAUUAUAAAAUUGCUAAAAAUAAAUGUAGCCUACACGUUUUUACUUGUGUAGCUAUACUACAGUAGGCCUACUUCUAAUUUGGAACAUGUGUAUAUAAAGAGAUACAACUGUUUAGCUGCUAACAGUAAGUGUAAUUUUUCUUUUUAAGUGGCAUGGUUUUUCCGUACUACAAGGCUUUUAGAGUUUUAAGCCAGGUAAUAUUUUGUCUAAGAAUUAUUGUUAAGGAAAUCUGCGUCUUGCUCCCAGUUAAUUUAAUUACUUCCUUUGCAUACACCUUCCUACAUCCUGUAUAUUUAACAGUUUCUGCGUUGUCAUCCGUGUGAUUGCUCAAAGAGCUGAGCCGAACGCUCUUCGAGCUCUAGGCAUGUAAGCCUGCUUGAACAAACCGUUUUGUCUGGAAGAGAUCCAAGUCAAUGCAUAUGUAAAACAUUGUUAUUUCCGGCAUAUCUGGCACUCCGGGCGCAUGGGCUAGAAUGCAUGGCCGAAGGCCGAGUACGUCCACCAUUUUCCUAUGUUGUAGCAAGCUAACGUUGCAGGACUCGCCAUUAGUGUAACGGUCCCUAAAGGAACGGCGCAUGGAUUAUCGACAGGGACGUGGAAACUCUCAACUCCGCACCGUGCAAUGGGAAAGCUCUCGCAUUCCCUUGGACACUCUCACAGGAGUUUUGUUUUGCUAUUCCUUUAGCCUAAUCACUUCCUCAAGUAAUCGUUUCCACCCGGGUGCCACGUUGAGGCAAAAUAGCAUACCCGAGGCGUUGCCAUCCAGAACUGACAAUUGUACAACGUGGCUCUCAAAUGCAGGAGAAAGGGUGGGGAAGGUUAUAUAUGUAUUUAGGGAAACUGAUGCUAAGUACCGCAUGUAUUUAGGGAAACUGAUGCUAAGUACCGCAUGUAUUUAGGGAAACUGAUGCUAAGUACCGCAUGUAUUUAGGGAAACUGAUGCUAAGUACCGUGCUAUGUCUACAGCCUAUGCAGCCGAAUUUAUUUGUUCUGUUCUUUUAUUUUUGGAGGCGCGGUGGCUGAGCGGUAAGCCGCUUGGGCUUCCGAACCGGGGGUUCUGGGUUCAAAUCCUGAUAAAGACUGGGACUUUGAAUUUCGGGAUUUUUAGGGCGCCUCUGAUUCCAACCAGCUCUAAAGGAUACCUUGUCAUCAAAUUGGGAAAACGUAAAGGCGGUUGGUCGUUGUGCUGGCCACGUGACACCUUCGUUACCCGUGGGCUACAUAAAGACUCAAAGAUCAUAACAUCUGAAUUGAGGAAGUUUAUUUUUUUUUAUAGUACAUAUCAUUGCUAAAUAUUUCUAGAAGCCCUAAGCUAUAGUUUGUGUUGCCUAUAAGUAAACCCGACCUUAACAGUACCCAACCUUUGUCUGUCGGUGGGGGGGGGGGAGGAUAUAUACAUUUACGACAUGCCGCGAGUCUCAUCCCCACACACACACAAAAAGUCAAGACCAAAGGAAGUGGGCCUAAGUGGUUUUAUAAUAUCUGAGCUGAAAGCAAAAGUCUCAAGUGAUGAAAAGCACAAGGGUCAUGGGCUGGAUAUGGCCCGCUGUUCGUAGUUUGCGGAUCACUGUUGUACAAGUAAUGGUUAAACAGCACAAGUAGAGGUUGCACGGUUAUGAUUCGAAUAAAUUAAGAAGCUUACAACACUUGAUGAUACAACACCACCGUGACGUUAAACCCGCUAUAUUGUUCCUAAUGGGUUGACGAUUGAGGCCUUUUUGUGGUCAUUCAGGGAUGGCGAGGACUUUGUUUAUGGAUGAUGAGGCCCAUUGGUAACCACUUUAAGUUACCUCACAACAUUCAUGUCAGUCCAGACUUAGGAUUGGCCACACCUACAUCACGCACUCUUUUGUGCUGAAGAGAGAGGAGACCCCACUUUGUGAGUACUGUGACUCUCGCCUCACCGUGGAACAUUUCCUCGUUGAUUUCCCCAGAUGUCAGGGAGAAAUAUUUUAGAGCCACUAACUUAAAAAUAUUAUUUGAUAAUGUCGACCCUGGGAAGGUACUGGGCUUUAUCCGGGAAGUGGGGUUGUCUACGAAGAUCUGAUUUAUGAAUUUGGGAACAUCUACUAUUUACAUUAGAUUUUUACCAAAUAAUUAAAUUUUUAUCACCUUUACUAUUUUAACUGUGAAUAGACCUUGCUUUUAAUGAUAUGACUGUAUAGAAUUUGGCCCUUGUUGUUUAGAGAGAGAAUAAUCCUUAAAGGACUGCAGGCACGACAUGGCCUAAAUUGUGCCGAUGUGCCUAAAAUCAAAUCAAAUCAUUCAUGCCAGCUCAUUGUAAAACGGGAAGUUGGUUUGGGGUUAUGGGACUCUGGCGUCUGGAACUGGUCACGUGUUAAACAUGCGUUUAGCCAAAAACAACCAUCUGGUACAAACAAGUAAAAUUAUGAAAAAUCCUUUAAUUUCUUUUUAAGGGAAACCACCGCAUAAUUACACCCACAUAUAUAUAACUAUUGCACGGUUUAUCUUCCCUUUUUCUUUAUAAAACAAAAUUAAUUAAAUACCUGUAAUUGAUUAUCUUCUUCUUCGUUCUUAUUGUUAUGUUGGAGCGUUCAUAUGACUAGACCAAUACAUGAGAUGAACUGCGCAGUGGUUUCCAAAUCAGGGAGCUCUCCAUAUAGUUUUCUUUCUAUUGGGGUGUUUUGGGGCCAGUGUCUUAUACGGGCCUCUUGGUAAAGAGAGCAGUUUUGGAGGACGUGGUCGGCAUUCUCUGGUGAUACUCCACAUGGGCAAAUUUCACUGGUUCCGAUUUUGAGCUUCCGGUACAUCUGUUUGGUUAUUUUUUCUACAAAGCUUAUAUCAAUCAACCCACUCUGUCUUGGAGUACACACUUUCCCUCCCACUUUCCAGUCUCAGAUCGAGUUGAAACUUUACACAAUUAUACAUUGUUCCAAACAACCCAUCCAUCAAAAAAAAAAAUGAACCAAUUUAUUUGAUCAAUUACUGGUCAUUAAUUAAUUUUGUUCUAUACAAAAUUUAAAAUUAAAGACAAAAAAAAGGAUAAACAAGAUUUGGAGGUGCUAGAUGGGAUUUCACAUAGCCUUUGCAUCUUUGAAGUUUCAGUGUCAGUUGGUACAUCAGAGAAUUUGUUGAUAAAUUCAAAACAAUGUGUUUUUUUUUUAAAGACUGGUAGUGGAGAAUUGGUAAAUUCCUCAACAUCUCAUAAACUUCCAACUAAAUAUUUAACCUAUGGCAAUUGUAACCAUAAUUAUUGAAUAACCUUUACAUUUAUAAAUUUAUUAAAUUCACAUUUCUAAAAUAUAUACAAAAAAAAAAAUUCUAAGCACUAACACUAUCACAUACCGGUACUUUGGCGCAAGGGAAAUAACCCAAUGUUUUAAGACGCAGACGGCGGUUUUUUAGGGGGGGGGGGGGGACCAAUUAUUCUAAAUUUGCAAUUGACUCUAAUGUUUCUGAGUUUGCCAGCCAGAAUACAAGUUAUAAUAUCUACAUUCCAAAUAUUUUUUAGGGUUUUUAAUCAGCACCCCAUUGCAUUAUGCUGGGCUGGUACUUAGAAUAUAGAACCAUUUCUGAACUAUGCAAUUAUUUUCCAAUUUACAUUUAGAUACUUGUGUAGGCUAAAUCACAAAGAGUGAAUUGCAUUUUUUAAAACUUCAACUACAGUGAGUUGUUUUCUUUUCAAACACAAAUCCUAAGACUUUAAACAAAAAUUGAAAGUAUUUGAAGCUUAAGAUUUGUAUUUUUAUCUUUUUUUACUUCUUUUUUUUUGUCUACAUUAAAAUUUAUAAACUUCAAAGCCAAAAUUUUGAAUGCCAUCUUUGAAUUGAUAAAUGUGUUUGAAAUAAAGAUGAAUAAAUGAGACGCUUGUUUGACAUGUGCAACAAAUGAUAUUCUUGUACAAUACAUAUUCAAUGCUGUCAUAAUAAUUAUCAUGUAUAAAUCAUACAUGUAUAUGUUAUUGCCUUUACAAUAUUACUAUAUAAUUCAUAGACAAUCAAUGUCAUGGGUUUAUAUAUCAAUAAUCUUGAUUUUAUUUAAGAUAGAUACUACAGCAGGUUUAAUAUAACAACUUUCUAAAAUAUUUUUAAUAGUCGAACCUCAAUAAAUUGUUUUUCAUAGAUUCCAAUAAUCCAUUACCACAUUUUAACACAAUCCAUUACCACAUUUCAACACAAAUAAACUCUAAAACUUAAAGACAUUGCAUGAUAUAACUAGGUCAUGCUCUUAUACUUCAAGUAUGUUUGUACAUAUAUGUCAUGUCAGUGUUUUUGUUUAAUAAAUUACAUGUGUAAUUCUUACAAUGCAUGUAAGAGAAUUAUGAUGACAAGGACAGAAGAAAAUCAGGAAAAUAAAAAAUAAUUAAAAUAAAACUAUCUUGUUUAUUUAUAGUGAUUUAUAUUUAAUUUUCAGAGUAUUUUAGUAUAGUAUUCACUAACAUAAGAUUAGCCAAGUUUAUGAUCUUGUUCUGAAUGAAGAA